GAGAUUGGAAAUUCCUCGGCAAGUGGGCUCCCUGUGCGAGCAGAUUGGGCUACCACGCUGUGGAUUCCAUGGACGGUCUGCCAGGGUUACAGUGCCACUCCCGAAUCCAAACACCCACAACGCGUUGACGAUCCUCGCACUGCGAGCGCUGACUUCACCGUCCCUCGACUUCAGCGAACGAAGGCUCGGACCCCGAGAAGAUCGAGUGUGCGUAAGUCGGAUCGUACCAUUUCUCGUUGACAUUCCGGAGGUCGAUCCAGUUUCAGUCUCUCCGGUCAACUCCGGUCCUUUGCAGACUCCACACUUAAGAGCUCUGAGAACAACAUUCGAUUUCGAAUAAUCCCCGGCGAGUUCGAGACCACUCUCUCGAGUCAGAUUUCACAAUAUCUCCCUCCCUCCGUCCAUCCCUCCCUCCCUCUCAGAUCAGUGGCAGAGGUAGAGACGGGCAGAAGCAGAAGCAGGAGACUCCGAUUGAAUUGCUCACGCUGGAGUUCAAGUCCAGAUUGUGAACUCCGGUGAAUCGAAUUGUGCUGAGCUAGGGGCGAUCAUGUCUCACAGAGACAGGGAGCUCGGUGGCUCGGCGAAAGAUGUGUUCUCGUCGUUCAGCUCGCAGGGAUCGCGACACAGUUCGACGACGUCGGGGCACGGGCACACGCCGCCGGUGUUCGCCAUGUCGAUGGAGGCCGGGGACGUGAAGAGCGCAUUCGUGGCCAGAGAUCUGUGCGGGAAGAAGUUCCCUUUACCCGUGGACUCGGAGCACAAGGCCAAGACGGUGAGGCUGCACUCGUUCGCAGCGCCGCACAUGAGAACAUUCCACUUGGCCUGGAUCUCGUUCAUGAUCUCGUUCUUUUCGACAUUCGCAGCUCCGCCUCUGAUGCCCGUCAUCCGCGACAAUCUGAAUCUGACCAAGGUCGACAUCGGCAAUGCCGGAAUCGCGUCCGUCUCGGGCUCCAUCGUCUCGCGGCUGCUCAUGGGCACCAUCUGCGACCUGCUGGGGCCUCGCUACGGCUGCGCCAUCCUCAUCCUCAUCACGGCGCCGCCCGUCUUCUGCAUGCCGCUCGUGUCCACGGCCACGGCCUUCAUCCUCGUGCGCUUCUGCAUCGGCUUCGCGCUGGCGACGUUCGUCUCGUGCCAGUUCUGGAUGAGCUCCAUGUUCAACACGAAGAUCGUCGGCCUGGCCAACGGGACGGCCGCCGGCUGGGGCAACCUCGGCGGCGGUAUCACUCAGCUCGUCAUGCCCAUCGUCUACGACAUCAUCCACCGCAACCUCGGCGCCGAGAGCUACGCCGCCUGGCGCCUCUCCUUCUUCCUCCCCGGUCUCUUGCACCUCGGCAUCGGCAUCCUCGUCCUCGUCCUCGGCCAGGACCUCCCCGACGGCAAUUACUCCGCCCUCGAGCGCGAGGGCGAGAAAGUCUCCGACAGCUUCGUCCAGGUGUUCAUGCAAGCGGUGAAGAACUAUCGGAUGUUCGUGCUGGCGCUGACGUACGGCUACUGCUUCGGCAUCGAGCUGACGAUCGACAACAUCAUCGCGGAGUAUUUCUACGAUCGGUUCGAUCUGAACCUGGCCACGGCGGGAGUCAUCGCCUCGACCUUCGGGCUGAUGAACAUCUUCUCGCGGCCGCUGGGUGGGGUGCUGUCGGACGUGGUGGCCAUCAGGUUCGGGAUGAGGGGUCGCCUCUGGUGCCUCUGGGUCACUCAGACCUUGGGCGGCGUGCUGUGUAUCUUGCUGGGAAUGACGAACGAGCUGGGACUGUCCAUCGCCGUCAUGCUCAUCUUCUCCUUCUUCUGCCAAGCGGCUUGCGGAGCCACAUUCGGCAUCAUUCCCUUCAUCUCGCGCAGGUCGUUGGGCAUCGUCAAUGGCACCACGGGAGCAGGGGGCAACAUCGGCGCCGUGCUGACGCAGGGGCUCUUCUUCAUGAGCUCCAAGUACUCGACGGAGACCGGCAUCAAGCUCAUGGGAGUCAUGACGGUGGUUUGCACUCUGCCGCUGCUGCUCGUGUGGUUCCCGCAGUGGGGAGGUAUGUUCUUCCCUGCCGGAAGCACCACGGAGGAGGACUACUACAGAAGCGAGUGGAGCGAGGAAGAGCAGGCCCAAGGCUUGCAUCAACAGAGCUUGAAAUUCGCCGAGAAUUCCAGAUCCGAGAGAGGGAAGAGAACCACCGCUGCGACGACUCCAGUGAAUUUCGUCGACUUGGGAAUCAGAUCGAACAGCUCUGCCGGUUCCGUCUGACCUCACUCACCACGAAGUCCCUGAUUAAUCAAAUCAUCACGUCGAUUCGGUUCGAUUCACUGAGCGAUGGCUUCAUCUCACUCCUCGCUUGCAACUUUCGUGCCAGAACCAAACGCAGCGCUCGAAGAGCUUUGCUGAGGUCUGGCGAUUCAGCUUCGGCUGUGGAUCGAUCCGGUCAAAGUUUGUACCAUAUGGCUCGUGGACCCGAACCCGUGGUGUUGCCACUUCGUCAGGCCACUCGGGGAGGGUCGACCAUUCUUUGUAGAAAGUGCACGGGACCGCAACUUAAAGGCUCGUGCUCUGACACCUAAAUGAAAUUGUAGUCUCGUAAAUUUAUCAAACCAAAGCGGGUGGUGAAUCGCACACUGGAGUCUUCCCAUUGAAGGCGGUAGAAUGUUAGAUAGUUCCAAGAUUCACAAGCCAGACAGCUGCAGCAGCGCUUAUUCAUCAAGUUCCAAAGCUAGAAAUGAUGAUGAACGUUUAUGUCCGUGUAGAAGGUCUGAAGGCUACUCUCGUCUUCUUUCCUGCUGCUGCUCUGUUUCAGCAGAGACCACCACCCCUCAAUGUUACUACUGCUGACAGGGAAUUGCCAGAUUUCAUAGGUAACCCCUUUCACAUGUCUGAAAAUGCCAAUACAAUCUAGAACAUCCAAAUCUCAAAACUCCGUAAAUCUUGUGCAUC